GGGCCACCACCUUCUCGGGGAACACUCUCAGUGGUGGCCGGAGGACAGAGGUCGAGACACCACCUGGCCGCAGGGGGUCCCAAGGAGCAGCCAUGUCCACCCUGUACCCAUCUCUGGAGGACCUGAAGGUAGACCAGGCCAUUCAGGCUCAGGCUGCAUCUAUGCCCACAAUGCCUGCCCUGCCAGCCCAGGAGGCAGCCAUGCCCCAGCCUCCAGUUCUGUAUCCCAACCUGGCAGAACUGGGAAGCUACAUGGGGCUUUCCCUCUCCAGCCAAGAAGUUCAGCAGAACCUGCCUCUGAUCCCAGCAGGGAGCGAUACGGUGGCCUCGGGCCCGUCGCCAGGUCUGGUGGUGGCGCCGGUGACGGGGGACAGCCUGGGCGUGCGGCGCGCGGAGAUUAAGCCCGGGGUGCGCGAGGUCCACCUGUGCAAGGACGAACGCGGCAAGACCGGGCUGCGGCUGCGGGCCAUCGACAAGGGCCUCUUUGUGCAGCUGGUCCAGGCCAACACCCCCGCGUCCCUCGUGGGGCUGCGCUUCGGGGACCAGAUCCUGCAGAUUGACGGGCGCGACUGCGCCGGCUGGAGCACCGACAAAGCCCACCGGGCGGUGAAGAAGGCGUCGGCCGAGAAGAUCGUCAUGGUGGUUCGCGACAGGCCGUUCCAGCGGACUGUCACCAUGCACAAGGACAGCGCGGGCCACGUCGGCUUCAUCCUGAAGAAGGGGAAGGUGGUCUCCGUGGUCAAGGGGAGCUCGGCAGCCCGCAACGGGCUCCUCACCAACCACUACAUCUGCGAGGUCAACGGGCAGAAUGUCAUUGGGUUGAAGGACAAAGAGACCACAGAGAUCCUGGCCGCGGCGGGGGACGUCAUCACGCUGACCAUCAUCCCCACUGUGAUCUACGAGCACAUGGUCAGAAAAUUGUCCCCGACCCUGCUCCAGCACACCAUGGACCACUCCAUUCCAGACGUCUGAGGCCACGAGGACAACUCGGGCCACUCAGCCCUUCCCCUCCCCCAUACUGCUGGAAAGGGUAGUGUCCUGGGGUAGCAGGGUGCUGCUGGUCCUCUGCCUGGUGGGAGGGAUGCCUGGGGGUGGCUCCUGCCUAAGGGACGGGGGUGUUCCUGACAAGGGAUCCGUGGAUUUGUCAUUUGCACACAGAGGCCACCUUGGAGCCUCCGGACUCUUAACUGGACGAAGGCGGGGCAGGGCCUACUGAGGCGGCUUCUCUGUGCUUGUCGAAAUGCUGGCCACUCUUCGGGCUGGCCCAACGCUGUUUCAGCAGGCCACGUUCAGACCCCUUACCUCCACCAGCGCAGCCGUUUGAGAGAGAACUGGGAUACAUUUGCUGUGAGAAUGUCUCUCUGUCCCAAACGCACUAUCUACAGUUAGACUUCUUGACUGUCCAUGGAGUAAAGAUUUGAUGUGAAGUCACACCCCUUCCUCAGAGGCCAUCCUUGGUCCCAGGACACGUCCCGAGGCUGACAGGCGGCCAGAUGAAGGUCUCUCUCUGCGUUUCCAGCCUGGGGUUUGCAGAGGCAGCAGGGCUGGCGUGGGAGCCCGGCUGUGCAGCCCCCUCGUGCUGAAUGACAGUGACCUCGGGCUGUUUCUGUGCCUGCAAAAGGGGUGGGGGAGCAUGCCCUGGGCCAGGAAGAAACGCCACAAUCCUGAAGUGCCCAGCGGGACUGGCUCUCGGUGGGUGAGGGGAGGCAGGUCACCCUCCCAAGAACAGUGUGAGCUUUGGUCCCGCUCAGCUGUGUGGCAGAGCUGUGCACAGCACUCAGCAGCUGGUCACCUGGAGGGAGCGCUGCCCCUAGGGCUGUUCUGUGGAUGCCCUGAGGAAAGACCUCCCCGCCCUCCCCGCCCCCCAAACCA